AAGAAGCUUCGUGAGGCGUUGCGGAAGGGAAAUCUUACCUUUGGCCGGCGUGCCUUUGCAGGAGCUUUUCAGGAGAUCUUUAAUGAAGGCUUCACUGCCGCUCACAUCAUCUCGGGCUUCCAAAAACGGGCAUCUACCCUCCCACAGACCGACCUGCCAUAG